ACGCAGUGAGCGGAGCCCAUUCACUGGCUCUCACUCUGUCCGUCUGUGUAUUAAGAGUGUGUGUGUGUGUGUGUUUAUAUGUGGUGCUGACAGUGUGUGUGUCAGAGCUUGCAUGCUUCCUUGUGCGUCUGCAACAAGAACACUCAGGAGGCACAUGGUUGCUCAUUUGUAAGUUAGAUCUUCACUGUUACAGGAAGACAAGGGCAAGUGUAACUAAAGGACGGAGAGACAGUGAGGUGAGGAGAGAGAGAAAGAGAAAGAGAGGGAGAAGGCAGAAAAAGAGAAGCAUACAUACAAAGAGACACUGCUCAGAGACUACCCCCCCCCCCUACUCUGCUCUAGCCACAAUGGAAGACUAUGCAUUAUCCUUCUGGAUUUACAUGGGAGUGAUGUCGGUGUUUGUCGGCGGCGUGGUGAAGAAGACCUUGGCGUCCCACAUCAGUGCCAUGCCGUCGCUGGUGGCCUGGCUGGCCGCCACCGUUCUGCUGGAGAGGCUGUGCACCCUCUGCAUGCCUGCCUUCCUGGCUCUGGCAGGGCUGUGCGCUGCCUGCUGCCUCUACUCCUCCAGGCAGGCAACCCUGGACGCCAGCCUGCCAACUGAGGGAAAGGCUGUCCUUAUCACAGGUUGCGACACGGGCUUUGGGAAUGCUUCAGCUAAGUGUCUGGAUGCACUGGGCUUUGAGGUGUUUGCCACAGUGCUGGACCUGGCUGGGGAGGGGGCAGAGGAACUCCGGCGCACUUGCUCACCUCGACUCACAGUUCUGCAGGUGGACAUCACCAGACCCGAAGAUAUCCAACAGGCCCUACUUGACACCAAGGCACGGCUGGGCAUGAGAGGUCUGUGGGGUUUGGUGAACAACGCCGGAGUGUGUGUCAACUUUGGUGAUGCCGAGCUCUCGCUCAUGUCCAACUACAGGGGCUGCAUGGAGGUGAACUUCUUUGGGACACUGAGUGUCACCAAGGCCUUCCUCCCAUUGCUGCGGCAAGCUAAAGGCAGGAUCGUGAGCAUCUCCAGCCCCUCAGGAGAUCAGCCCUUCCCAUGCUUAGCAGCCUACGGAGCUUCCAAGGCGGCACUGAACCUCUUCAUCAACACACUGAGGCAUGAGCUGGAGCCCUGGGGGGUGAAGGUGUCAACCAUCCUGCCAGCAGCCUUCCGCACAGGACUAAGCAGUAACACCCAUUACUGGGAAAAGCAAUACAAGAACAUGAUCCAAAACAUCUCCCCAAGUCUUCUGGAGGAGUAUGGUGAGGACUACAUGCAUGAGACUAAAGAGCUGUUCGCCAGCCAUUCGAAGACGGCCCUGACAGACCUGAGCCCUGUCGUUAACACCAUCGCGGAGGCGCUCAUUUCGCCACAGCCUCAGGUCCGCUACUAUGCCGGCUACGGUGUGGGCGUCAUGUACUUUAUCCACUCAUACCUCCCUGUCAGCCUCAGCGACAAGUUCCUCCAGAAGCUGUUCAUCAAGAAGCAGCUCCUGCCACGAAGACUUCGGAAGCAGAACAGUCUAGGCAAAAUCCCCACUCACAGUAACAACAACAACAUCAGCAGUAUGAACAACAACAAUAUUAUCACAUCGGAAAAAUAAGAUGUAGUCUGUUGUAACGUUAAAGUUAUAGGACCGUUAAUGUAAUAUACUCAUAAUUAUGACUUUUUAGCAUUUUAUCUAUAUUGUGCAUUUGUAUCCUUUCUUCUGUUAUUUUUGUAAUGUUAUUUUGUCGUCUUGGAAGGGAUCAUUGAAUUGCACCCAAAAAGUAUACAUCACACCUGCAGUUCAUAAAAAGAUUAGCACAGUGUAACGUAUAUCAUAUGUACCACAACAGGUGGUGUUAUCUACUGUAGGACUUAUGAUGAAAUAUUCUGGUUCUGGUAUUUUUUUGCCCAUACUCUCACCAUUAGUGGCAGCAAAUUACAUUUUCAACCAACCAACACAAUGUCUAUGAGUGAAGAGAGAUCGCAUACAGACUUGAUGUGCCUUGGCUGCAUUGGCUUUGCUUUUGUGAAGUGUACUCAUAGAACCACCAAUAGGCAACUGAUUAGGUAUAUUCCUGUCUGCCUUGUCACAGUUGCCAUAAAGUGUGUCGGCAUCCAUGGUGUAAGAACUGCAUACACUGUGUCAGAUCUGCUGAUCCACCAGAAAUAACCUCAGAGCUCAAUUUUAUGAGACCAACAGAAGUGCUUUAGAUUCAAGGACCCAAUACUAAAUGUUGGUUUUGACGUUGAAUUGAUAUUUUAUGAGGCUGUUUUUUUGUUAUAUUUACAUAUUUGUUUUCCACACUACUACAUUAUUCUUUAAAUUUGAAUAUUUAUGCCAGUCCUGUUCAUGAAUCAAUUAAACUGUGAACUUUGUACAAAAAUACAAGACGGAAAAAAUAUGUAAAUUGUUCACCCUGUUCAUUCUUAGAUGGUAUUAAAGUUGAAUUUUUACAAAAUGA